AUGCCUUCUCCAAGCUCGAGCAUGUCACCCCAGCGGAUUUCGAGGACCAGGAGGAGUGAUGAUCCCCCUGAUUACCCUGGUUUAGGUUUAGACGAAUCUCCACCACCAUAUAUCCGGGAGACAACAACGCGGAGAUCAAUCCACAGGUGCGGACUCGGUCCCUCAUCACCAACUCAUCAACGAAGGUGGGACGGUAUUUCUACAUUGUCUGCCACUCAACAAAGAUCUGAAGUCAGAGCCGAACUGACUCUACGUGUGAUGAAUAUGGAUGAUUCGGAUUCAGACACCCAACCCGGGAGCUCAGUUGAAAAGCGACGGCGUUGCCGGACUGGAGCGAUGGAUACAACCACCCCUCUCUCACUAAAAAUCAAGACUAAUCAAGGGAAUUUCAUCUCCAAGUUGGCUAACGGCUCUGACGAUGAUAAAUAUCCUUCCAGUCCUGAAACCAUGUACAACACCCCUACUUCCGAUGAUGAGGUUGCAGACGACGAAAGCCCCUCCUCCGGGUCUCAGAACAUAUAUCUGGCUCCUGAUUCUUGCAGUAAUGCACCCUGGAUGCUCUCACAUCAAAGGCUUCGGGUAGUUUUCCAAGCCCCUCAAACUAUCGACCCCGUUGUACCCCCACAACUCAGUGUCUAUAGUGAGGUUUUCACUAGACCCCUCGAGAGUGCGACUGACGACUUCCAUGCUUUCUGGGAGGAAGUCUCAGCCCGAAUUUGCUUCCUACGCCUCCGACUACAAGAUCAUUUCCCGCCGGAAGUGACCCAAACGGAUUCUCCCAAAACUGAGACUGAUUCCCUCUGCCCGGAAAUUUCGGGAUCCGAUGUUCCUCUUUCGGGAUGUUUUCAAUACCAGCAGGCAUCAAAGGCAGAUGAGGCCCAGCAUGGUCAUCCCACUUGGGCAAAAGAAUCCAAGUCACUACGCCUACCUCCUCCAAUGAGUGCAAAGCCUUGGUCUUGCGCACCACCUGGAACUUCGACGUCAGGCAGGUCAUCUUUGUCCUCAUUGCCUCCCGGUACACCCUCAGACCGCCCCGCAACUCGACAAAGCCCACAGUUUUUCAAUCUGCCUGCGGAUGGGAAGACGUCGGUAUCCACGAAGGUUAGCUCCUGUGAAGACUCAGAAUAUGAGACCAUAGAUCAUGGUUUUGUGCAAAGAUUAAAAUUACAUUCCAAAAUGGUUGCAGCUAGUGGGGCCAGCCAAUUGGCAUAG